AAAAAUAUUUUUUGUCUCCGAUAGAGAUCAAAUUUGAGAUAUACACUAAAUCGAUGGCGUAGAACACGAAUGUGCAAACAGAUAUUUUUUAAAAAAUUUAUUUUUCAAGUUAUGGUCGAUAGAAAAUCGGUAAAUAUGGACCUUCCCGGAAAAAAUUAUAUAAACUAAAGUAUUCGCGGUGGAACAAUGAAAUGUAGUUUUUUCUAUUUGCAAAGAACCAAUCUAUCACCAAAAAACUUUUUUUUGGCCACUACAGGUCCUCAAAGUUGACCAAUUUUGUCAGAAUUUUGCACUAAAUCAUGAAUAGCUAAUUGCUAAUUGCCUAAAGAGGUGAAAUUAUAUUAGGAUUAAAUUUUGUAGGUCAGAACAAGCGAUUCUCACAAAUCACAGUUUUUCUACUUGGAGAGACCUAAAUUUCUUUUCAGUUCAGUAUAUCUAUAUAGUUUUCAUAGGCUUUCGAUUCAUUUGAAGAAACAUAACAAUAAGAGAAACUUGAAUUUUUCCCAAAACCUUCACAUCAGAUUUAUUAUUUCUUAAUAGAUGGAGAAUGAGGAAUAAAAAUAGAAAUAUCCUCCCACAAGAAAUAAAACUAGAAAUAACUAUAUGGUAAAGAUCAAAACCAUAAGAAAUAUGUGGCUUAUGAUGUGUAAACACGUGUUCAUCGAUAAUAUUCCUUCUAUUUUCAAUAAGUUCAUCCAAUUUGAAGUGAGUUUAUCCCAAUUGAAAGUCCAGAACCUGUUGAACAUUAUUAGAAAUAAUAUCCUUCAGAGAAUUCCCACACUUUUGACACUUUUUAUAAGUCGAGAGAAUUCUCAAUCAACGUUAAACAUUAUUUUUCCAUGGGGGUCCAGCAUAAUGAAACCACAAUCGCAAAAGGUCAUUGCAGGAGAAUGUACUUAUUGGAAAAUUGCGUGACAAUUUCCAAUUUUAAUCAACCUACACUUCGUUAGCAUAAUUCCAGAACAAUACUCUGGAAUAACAAGCUUGGCACACACGCUUAGCAGGAAAUACUUCCAGUAACUCAUAACAACAUGCCACGAAGGGUUCCAGAAGUAAAUUCUGGAAUCAAUUAUGGGGAAAACCUACUUGACAUUUACGAAACGUCAAACGAACUCUCUACGAACAUCAAGUGAUCCGUGAACAAUCGAUUUUCCGUAAAAUAAGUUGAUGAGUUUGGGAAAUACAUGGAGAAAAGUGUACUCUUUAAAUGACCAAUCAUCUUUGGUUCAUUGUUUCUUUGUUAAGUUUUUGUUGCCUAUGAAAAAUAUACUGGGACGUCCAUCUUUCGAAUUCAAUUCAAACAUAUCUCGAGUUAUAGGUGAAAAUCUUCUCUUUCCUCUUCUGAGGUUUAAAAUCAUUAGGAUGAUUGGUGCAAUGCCUGCAGUGGCGGUUCGCCACGAAAGGAGAAAGGGGCAAGAGAAACGAUCAAAGAGACCCAGUCAGUUGUAUAUUGGAGGGCACUGGUUACCACCAAACAGUCCUAGCCCAACACCCAGUACAAAUGGACCUUACGAUGAGAGUGAUAGACUGCCAGAAUUUUACAUUUGUGGAAAAGUGUCCACGCUUCAGCUAGUCGUGGGUUCCCUCCUAUUGGGUGCCAUAGUCCUCGUGGUAGGAUUAGUCCAAUUAGUGCCAAACGCUGCAGAUGCUGACCACCGUUAUAUCUUCAUAGGUGCUGGAAGCCUUCUUCUUGUGCUUGGAUUAGCUUUAACAGGUGUACGAUGUUGUUGUUUACAGUGCAGACAUCCCAGAGAAGUUAUCGAAAACCACCAGCAUCCCCCUGUGUUGGAAACUGUACACAGCAUCGAUGUCUUGGUUCAAAGGAGGGAUACUCAGGUAACGUCACCUUCAGAAUUAGACGCCUUGAUUGGCCGUCAACAGAGCAUUGACAAAGAAAACAAUAGCAGUGGCACAUAGGCUUCGUAUUAAGCUUGAUAAUAGUGAUUUUUCUCAUUUAUGCUUGAGCUUGUCAGAAGGUAGUGAUUUACAGAUUGCAAUGGCAAGGCAGAACCAAUAGUUUUUCCAGCUUCUGCUUCAUUUUGAUGCCUUGAUAUUACUAUUCCAUAGGCGAACAUUUUUGUAGAGUUUAUCAGCAAUAUACCAGCAGACUUUUCCAUGAGAAACUUGCGUGGCCAAGAUUCAAUUUAAUAUUCACUGCUGAGAUCAUUCCACAUAUGCACUAAUUUUCGAUGAAUAUCAGAAUUAUGGCAAAUUUCUGCCAGUUGCCAAAAAUUUUCACGAAAAUCAGUUAUCGUAGUUUUUGGUAGAGAAAAAUAAUUCUUGAUCUUCAUCGUCUUGGGAAACACUACCAUAAAAACAUUCAUGGGCGGUAAUGAAUGUUUGAGAAUCAUCAAGACAAGUGUGAAGUUUGAUUAUCUCCUAACUGAAAGAAUUUUGUGACAUAGGUAUUUUUCAACGAGCAAAUUUACUUCGGCAACUUUUGUUUCAAAGCUUCAUGAACAUGUUCAACCAAACACAGUGUGAAUUUUCCGAUUUUCAAAAUAAUGGCUAGUUAUUUGUUUCCUAUUCAAUUGUUAGAGAGAUAAUCAUAUGUCAACUAUUCGAAUAAAUCUUCCUUAGUUAAUGAAAGCUGUAUAAAAGCAUCUCAAAAAUAAGUAGUAAGAAGUAGGUAUUGAAUUUUACUUAACUUUUUUAGAGGUUCCAGUAGAGGUAAAUAGUUAACCAUCGUAGCUUUAGUUAAUUUUAUCCUUAAGAAGAUAUAAAUAUUCAUCGAAAGGAUAUUAUUGUAAGAAUGCAGCGAUUUUCACAAUGAGUAACGCGUGGAUGUUUUAAUUUAUUGUAGGAUAGCAGCAUGAGAAUUAGAAACGGUAGAAAUUUAAAUUUUUAAAGUAGGUCAGUAUAAAUUAACAGAAUUUCAAUUCGAUAAGGGCUUUGAACAUUUCAAAAAGAUUUCAUAGGAGUCAGAUUUAUCUAUAGGGAUAUACAAGACGUAAUUGUUCUAAGUUAUCUUCCAUUUAUAUAGUUUUUAUAAUCGUGUUUUCAGUUCCCUUUUCUUUCGAUGUGUUAAAAUUGAUUUCGUGAUAGCUUCAAUGCAUAAAUAGAAACCAAACCUAGGGAACAAACAAUUCAAACAUAUCAACAGGAUGAGGUUAUAUUCUGAAUAAUUAUAUCUUCCAUAAUUCUUAGAAGAAUACCCAUUGAAUUAUUAAAUUUAGCCAAACAUUGUGAUCCAUAGUGGAAGUGUCCGAGUUCACAUAGAAACAGAUGAAAUU